AUGCAAAUGCAAACACCGACGACCGGAACACCAAAACUGAGGCCGCGAUCUGGCCGUACACCACUUCAGCCAAAAAACCCUCCCGCCGAUCUCACUCUCCAUCCUUCCACAAAACCAAAGCUCAAACCCGAUCAAUCAUGUUUUGAGAUUACGUUGAUCUCAAACGCCGACAAAGAGAAUCUUCCGAUGGAGAUCGCCGCCUCAGCGACAUCUCCUGUAUCUCCACUGGGGACGUCGCUCGGGGAGGAGCUAAGCGCCAUGAAGAAGAAACUUGAGAGACUGAGAACAGAUAAAGAGAAAACAGAGAAAAUGCUGAAAGAGAGAGAAGCGUUGUUUGACGCAAAGAUGAAGGAGAUGGAAGAGAAAAGCGAGAUUCAGAAGAAUCUCGAAAUCCAGGUCGAUCGAUUGUUCCGAUUAAAGGAACUCAAGUAUCGAUGCAUGAGAGUUUCUCCGAUUCGAACACUUAGAGAGAAGGAACAUGAAAAAAUUAACAACCAAGCACCAUCGCCAUCUGAGGUGCGAACAGAGGAAACGGUGGCGUUUGAAUCGGAAUCGGAUUCGGAAUCGGUUAAAGAAGAAUGUGAAGUAGUUCAGAGUCCAGGUUCAGCUUGUUCACAAACUCGUACUAUACAUAAAAUCUGA